GGGCGGCGAACCCCCUUUCAUUCCGGUCCUUCACGGUGGAGGCGAAGUCGAGUGUCAUCGUUGUUGCCGUUGGACGCUGCUCAUCAUCGCUGGGCACGCGUGAGGAAGUGAGGAUUCGACUUGUGAAUCGGAUUGUGAGCAGGCUCGAUAUCGACGGAAGUGAGGAUCCUUGGUGUGGUUGGUGCUGCUGGCGAGCGAAACGGAAAGGGAUCCUGGAAACAGGAACAGCUAGAUGGCAGUCAGCACUAUCAAUAUGGCACCUUACUUUACUGGUUAUCCUUUUCAAGGACAGGGUCGCGUGAACCAGCUGGGCGGUGUGUUCAUCAACGGCCGUCCAUUACCGAACCAUAUCCGCUUGAAGAUCGUCGAGAUGGCAGCGGCCGGCGUCAGGCCGUGCGUCAUAUCGAGACAGCUGAGAGUCUCACACGGUUGCGUCUCGAAAAUCCUGAAUCGGUAUCAGGAAACGGGAUCGAUCAGACCAGGCGUGAUCGGUGGCAGCAAGCCGCGAGUCGCCACGCCGGAAGUCGAGGCGAGGAUCGAGGAUCUUAGGCGGCAGAACCCUGGGAUUUUCAGCUGGGAGAUACGCGAUAAACUGAUAAAGGACGGAGUCUGCGACAAAGCCUCGGCACCUUCCGUAUCCAGCAUCACGAGACUUUUACGUGGGCCAGCCAAUCAGACACGUCCCGGCGAUGAUUUACGCAGGAAUCAUUCCAUCGACGGCAUUCUCGCUGGGAGUAGCGGCGAUGAUUCCGACACGGAAAGCGAACCUGGCCUCCCGUUGAAGAGGAAGCAACGCAGAAGUAGGACCACCUUUACUGGAGAACAACUGGAGCAACUGGAAGCGGCUUUCCAUCGGACGCAAUAUCCUGACGUGUACACCAGAGAGGAACUGGCACAAAAAACAAAGUUAACAGAGGCGCGAGUACAGGUCUGGUUCAGCAACAGACGCGCCAGGCUUCGCAAACAGCUGAAUAGCCAAGCAAGCCUGAACGCCUUCAACAUGAAUCUACCCUUCCAAACCCAACACUACGGCAACGGUGCUGAGAGCUAUCAGAGUUAUGGGCAAGCGAGUGUUGCUGCUGCCGCAGCAACCCCGCCAGCUAUUCUCAGCAUUACAACUCGGGGAAACUACUACGCGGCGCAGCAAAUGAUUAGCACUUGGCAGUUGUACUACGACGAUGUAUUGAAUGCUUUAUCGCCUUAG